AAGCACCGCUAGGCCUCUCUGCCUGCCGACAGCUCUCAUCCUCACCCUCUUUCCGCGACGCUCAUUCUCGUCAAAGUCCACGCUCUUUGCAGCCCGUCAUCUUACUACUUCGCUGGUCGAGACAUACGCCAACACACAACAAGAGCACAGAUGGCUGCUCCCAGGAAUAUCUACCCCGCGAAUAACUCCUCAAAUUACCUUCCUAACUACCCUCCCCGUCCAAAUUCAGAUAGCUUCGAGGACUACAAGCCACCUGCAGAGGACGACAUCAUCGACUCGUACACGACGACCGCGGUGCCUCUGCCGAAGCAGACGUCCCCUGGAAAUCCCGCCUAUCUGCCACCACACGACAGACAGGCACCGCUUUAUCCCCCCUUCACUCAAAAACCAUCGUACCAAAGCUCAUGGGAUGGUCAACCGGAUACGCCUGGAGGUGGUGAUGCUUUACCUUCAAUCCCGCCGAAGGAGACGUUGAAGGUGGAGAAGCGCAGUUUCCUGGAUACCAUCCUGCCGGACUCGAUGGCCUGUCGGCUGUACGUGCUGACGGUGCUUCUGGAGACGAUCGUCGACAUCACGAUUGAGGCAGACUUGUAUCUUCGAAUCAAGGAUUUUUCAGACACGGGGGACCUAAGUGCGAAACGAUUACCAGUAUAUCUUGGGAUAUUCUGUUUUGCCCAUUUAUUCCAGCUCGGGAUGGCUUUUGAUGCUGUGCACGCACGGAACACCCUCCAAUUCAUGGCACUCACUAUCUUCAAUGCUCUAUUCUUGCUCUACGCCGUCAUUCAAAUAUUCGAGAUUAGGUCUUCCUUAUCGUCUAUAACAGAACUCAAAUCCAACGGUGGCAUCUCGGACAUCCCCGUAAACGUUCUGACAACCAUCAUUCCAAUUGUCAUAUCCGUCGCCGAGAUAGCGUACAUUGCACUCGGAUGGAAGAUCUGGCGUGAAUUUGGAUGGAAAGUCUACAAGCGAUUAGGUGCGGAUCGACAGGUGAAGCGUAUGUACGCGCAGUAUCAGAUUUUCGUGGGGAUCAUGAAGUUCGACGUGUUCUUUUUCGUCGGCUUUUGCGUGCAACUCAUUGCGCUUGUCCUGCAAAAUGGCGAUUGGGAGUAUUAUGUUACGGUUGCGGCUUUACCGUUCUCGAUUCUAGUACUUGUCGAUGGGUUAUUGGCUGCGCGCUAUGAGAACAAGUUAAUGAUGUUGUCGUUCAUGCUUGGGUGCGGAGGGGCAAUGGUAUACUUCGUAUACAAGCUUUUCAGGAUUUACCAAUUGAAUAACAUUGAGGAUGUGAGGCGGACAUUGACGGUCUUUGCCGUCAUCGCAAUCAUGCUAUUGAUCGCUACCGUCAUCUUAGCUUUCAUUGUGUUGCGUAACUUUGGUGGCGGGCUCAAGUAUCACAUGAACAAACCGGCCCGCUCGAAUUCCCUUCGUCGAAACGGAACGAAAUUCCAGCACGGCCCAAAGUCAUCGUACCCAAUGUCGUACAACCCGAACCGCAUGAGUAUUGAUUAAUCGUAAUUGAGAGAGAUCAAGAAAGUAUCCAAAAGAGAAGAAAAGAAAUUUACGGACCUCUCUCCUCUCUUCACUCAUGUAUUAGUUCUUCUGCCUAUCGCUCCUGUUACUCAGACUAGCCUGCGUGUCGCCGUACCCCCCUGAAUGGACAUUGUCACCUCACCACCAUGUGCAUAUUAUAUAAACAUUAUUCCUCUCCAUCUCUCCUCUCUCCCUAUUUGCAUUUGUGAAUGAACCGUGCCAUGCAUUCUGUUCACGAUGCAAAGAUAAACCCCCUCACCCGCCCUCCACUCUCCACCCGCCGUCC